UUACAAUUUACAUGUAUUUGUGCGACGAGCAUAAAUUAGCUACAUGUAAGAAAAUCAGUUGACUGUAUAUAGUACUCGUAUAGAGAUAACCCAUUGCUUUCCCUGUAAAAGUGAAGAGCUAAAUCAGGUUGACUCGUUUCUCUCUACUCCGUAUGGCCGUGUCCCGACCAAUGUCGCAUCAGUAUGUGCGCGCCGAGAUCGCUUUUACCUUUUCGUGAAACGAGGGAGGUGGGUUUUGCUAUGGGUAUAAAACAGAAAAUCGCGCUUUUGCCAGCCACUGUGCAGUUUCAUUUUGGACAGACAACACGAAGAUCUAUAUAUAUACAUAUAUUUUAUAUUAGUGUUGCGACAAGUUAGUCGGAACGAGAAUCGCCAUGCUGCUGGGCGCAGUGAUAGUUUGUUGUGCGAUUAUUGUGAACGCAGAAUCGCCUCUUAACAGCCAUUCUUAUACCGGAGAUAGCAAUGGGUACGAUUACAGUAACACCGGUACUAAUAAUGGAUACUUAGGAUCUAAAGACAGUUACCAGAACGGCGGACACUUUUACGCCGGAGGCAAUCACGAGGUGUCAAACUACGUCGGUGGCCAAAGUUCGUUGAUUAAUCCAGUUGACAAUCAGGGUAAUAUAGAAGGUGACAGUUAUAGCGGAUAUUCCUCGAGUAAUAACAAUCACGAAAGUGAGUACGCGGGAUACUCCAAUACCUACGAAAAUUCCAAUAGCGACUCUUACAUUUUGUCAACUCGAGCGACACCCACGUCGUUCAGAGGAUAUUCGAACAAUAACGGAGACUCGGGUUUCAAACCGUAUCCGAGCGAUUCUUCAAUUUACAAAGAUUCCGAUUUCGGUAAUCAGUACGCGACUGGUAGCACAAGCGUCAAUAGUAAAAGAAUACCUUAUUCCGCGGGAUACUCGAGACCGACCACGUUGAAAAAUUAUCACAAAGGCUCCGUCGACAGCGAAAGUUUACAGGGAUAUCACGAUUCUACUGACGUUUCGAGCUAUUCCGAAAACGAUCAUGUUUAUUCUUCGUACUUGCCGGACAAUCUAGCCGGCGAACACUCGUUCGGAAAGCAGAGAGACGGCCCGUACGGCUUGAAAAGCGGCGGCAAGUACGGCAAUGUCUAUCCGACACCGUCAGAGACGCGGUACACGCGAGGAAACACGGGCAACGUAGGUAACGUCGCCGGACACGCGAGUUACAAUCACGACAUUCCGUCGUACGCGUCGAGACCGAGCAAUUACGUUUCGAAAACACCCGGUGUAUAUAUCUCGUCGGGAAAACCGAACAAGUAUUACGGUUACAGCAAGUACCUUACUCGCCACGCUCCAAAUAGCGGCAUGACCUAUUACUUGUCGAGGGAUCGCGACGAUUAUUACGCUCCUUCUUCGUACGGCAAGAGCACCGGUAAAGUACUCAUAAUUAAAAACAACAGACCUGGUUACGAUGGAGGUCACGUUUACAACGACGAGCCGCUUUACUCCAGUGGUUACAGGAGUAAGAGUGGCGGUCUCGUGACCGGGUAUCCCGCAUCGCCGACUUUUGACGGUUACAACGCUGGUGGCAAUGGUUACGAUGACAGUAGCACUUUGACCAGACGGUAUAGAAACAGCGGCGUACCUAUGCUCGUGCAAAGGUCGAUUUAUUCAUUAUAAAUGUGCGCGUCGUUUAUUUGUAUUUAAAAGUAUGGCAGAUUUUCAUAUGUGAGUGAUUUGUAUAUACGUAUAUUUAUUUAUUUUGUAUUUUCGAUUAAGAAUUGUUUUUCAAAUGUAUUUUA